AUGAACAUCAUCCGAGGCAUCAACACACAGGCCCUGCCCUCGGACAAGAUCCCGGCGCAGGUCGAUGCGGAUGUCUCCCAGGCUCUUCAGCACUUCGAAAACGAGAUGAAGGCUCUUCGAGUGGUGGUUCAAUCCAAAGACGUCCUUGUCGAUCCAGACAAUGCGUGGACAUCGGCUUCGCGCAUCAGGGCACCCUACAAUGCCGCCAUACGACUCUGCCUACUCAGCGGAAAGCACGAUCGUGCCUUCAAACUGUUCAAUCAGAUGAAGAAGGACGGCAUCUUUCCCAGCGCUGCCACUUAUACGGUCGUCAUCAACGGUCUCACCCGAUCACUUUCUGCGCACGCCAAUGCCUCUCCCUCGGACAGCCAGCGAAGCCAGCUCGCUGAGCGCAAAGAGUGCCAGCGCAUCCGCGAGACCUACCUAGAACUCGAGAAGCUGUGGAAGCAGAGCUAUCCUCAGUACUUUCAGACCAGAGGAGCGCUGAGACCUGCCGAGGCCCAGAUUCUGGAAAAGGACGACUUCCACGAGAUGACGGACCAAGCUCGUCGCAACCUCGUCUCGCAACAAGCCAGUGUGCGGGAAGUCCGCGACCAUCCUACCAUUCUCACAAACGCAAUCGGCACCUAUGCCUCCUUCCUGCGCCUCAUCGACGCCAGGGACGAGCUCAACAAGCUCUUCGACAUGCUGUUCCCGCCGGCGGUCAUCGACGAUCUGGCUAAAGGCCUUUCGCCGACGGCUUCGAGAGAGGAAAAGGUUGCGUUAUCCUUCGGCAAGCUAUCAGAAAAGCUGCCACUCGGCGAUCGGACCACCUUUUCUGCUUUCUUGACGGUCAUCAGAGAUGCACAAGAUCCAGACCGCUUUGCUACCGUCGAGCGAAUUUGGACUCGCUUCCAAAAGAUGAUGGAUUUGGAACGAUACGAGCGGCUGUCGGGCUCGGGCGAUGCGCCGGCGAAACGGCAAGCGGACACCCCGUCGCGCGAGCGUCGUUUUGUGCCGGACGACGUGCUUAUGACCGACAUCUUCAAUCGACUGCUGCCUCCCGCGGGCGCCGAUGCAUCUGCUGGGCUAAAGCUUGGCAUGAAAAUCCUGUCAAAUGGCUACGGCCUCGACCUAGAGACGGCAACCGACGGCAUCAUACGGAACCCUCAGUUCCCCGCCCUAAUCGAGGCGCUUCCAGUCGAGCACUACCAUCGCGGGGGCCAUGGUCGUCCUCUUGCCGAGCUGCGCAGCUCUACUGUUGCUUCCGCCGUCUUUCGUCUCUUUGCUCACGAUGUGGAUGGCUACGAGAAGUGUGUUGCGCUGUUCAAUUACCUUUGGGCGCGCUCACAUAGCGAGAAGCAUGCUGCCGGCUCGGACCGGAAGGACGUCGGAGGCAUGCUCUCGGACAACACCGGCUUUGGCAGCACGCUGCGUCCAUCGAAUGCCAUGAACGUCCUCUGGCAUCUUUCGCAGAAGGGAGAUCCCGUCGGUGCACGCGUGCUCCUAGCGGCGAUGAGAAGGGCUGCCGGUUCCGCAUCGAGCAACUCUGGCGGGAUGCAAGACGCGAAGGACCGACGCGAUCGUCACUCCAGACCAAACCUUCGCCAGGCCAGCCACGACUCGGCGGCGCUCGAUUGGACACCAUCGUACGCCUGCUACGACCGUGCGAUGCACGCCAUUCUCACAGCAGCGCUCAAGAAGCCGGUUGGUCUCACCGCUGUCGUGGUCGAAGCCGCCAAGCGGGAUGGCGACGACGGUACUUACGACGCUUGGGCUGAGGCGACGUCACUGUUGGGUCAAUGGAGGGACUAUGUCGACACGAGCAGCAGCGGCAGUGCCAGUCAGAGGGCGCCUCGUUGGGAUGCAGAAGAGGCUGAUCAAGCCAAGUCUCGAAACAAGGGCUUCUACGCCAAUCGCGACGCUCUACCAGACGGAAUGGCGCGUAUCCAGUCGGACACGAUCGUCUCUUUGUUCCUGCACAUUGCUCGCGUCUGUGCCAAGCAAAAGCGCGAAGAGGGUCCCGAGAUCGCCAGACAAGCGCUGCGACUGCUGGAGCAGCGCAUCGGGCUCAGCCAGCUCGUCAAAGACGCCAACCAGCUGCCAGAUGUUGCCAGACGUGGCACGCGGAAAACGGCUGCCAAGUCGCACACGCUGCCUCAGCUCAACGGGGUCCUUAACCUCGCCCUGGACACGUCGCAGCAGUCGUUCGCGCCGAAAGAGGACGUCGAGCUGUGGAAACGCAUCAAGAAGCUGAUUCCCGCGUCGAAUGAUGCGGACGAAGCCGAGUGGAGCUCGUCUGUCCGGGAGAAAAGGCCGAUGUCCCGCGGCACAAAUCGCCUGCUGCUUUCCAGGGACGAUCAUCUGGAAUUAGAGGCGGAGGCGGAGAAGGAGGAGGAGGAGGAGGACGAGCCGCAAGACGAGGAAGUCAAGGCUCGCGAAUCGCAGAGGAUGCAACGCCUGUCGCGCCACGUGGAACAGGAGCUCGACCGCUGGGUGCGUUCUCGCCCUUCUGCAUGA